AGGAAACAUGAGCAGAGAAGUGGAGAGGGAAAGGAGCACAGUUAAUAAAGGGUGUGCUAUCGAGCGACUUUCCCCGUCAUGGUGGACACCAUGGACCCACUGCUGGCUCUCCUUUGCCUGCUGCCCCUGUUCCCAGGUCUGGCUGCAGACACUCCCUCCUGCUCUCAGAGCGUGAAUAUCACAGGAGGCACCUUCACCCUCAGCCAUGGCUGGGCCCCCGGGAGUGUCCUCACCUACUCCUGCCCCGUGGGCCGGUACCCAUCCCCAACGUCUCGGCUGUGCAAGAGCAACGGACAGUGGCAGACCCCCGGGGCCUCCCGGCUCACAAAGGCGUCCUGCAGACCUGUUCGCUGUCCGGCCCCCGUUUCCUUUGACAAUGGAGUGUACACCCCACGGCUGGGGUCCCACCCCGUGGGCGGCAACUUGACCUUCGAGUGUGAGGACGGCUUCACGCUGCGGGGCUCAGCUGUGCGGCAGUGUCGCCCCAACGGCAUGUGGGAUGGAGAGACGGCCGUGUGUGAUAACGGUGCUGGCCACUGCCCAAACCCAGGGACUUCCAUAGGCGCAGUGCGAACAGGAUCCCGCUUUGGCCUUGGAGACAAGGUCAAGUACCGCUGCUCCUCGAAUCUGGUGCUGACGGGAUCCGCAGAGCGGGAGUGCCUGGGCAGCGGGGUCUGGAGCGGGACGGAGCCCGUCUGCCGCCAACCCUACUCUUAUGACUUCCCUGAGGAUGUGGCCCCUGCCCUGGGCGCUUCCUUGUCCCACAUGCUUGCAGCCACCAAUCCCAACCAGCAGAAGAAGGAAAACCUGGGCCGUAAAAUCCAAAUCCAGCGCUCCGGUUACCUGAACCUCUACCUGCUCCUGGAUGCUUCUCAAAGUGUGGAGGAAAAAAACUUCAAAGAAUUCAAGGAUAGCGCUGGCUACAUGGUGGACAGGGUCUUCAGCUUCGAGAUUGAUGUGAGUGUCGCCGUCAUCACAUUUGCCUCCAAGCCCAAAGUCAUCAUGUCCAUCCUGAGUGAUGAUUCCCGGGACGUGACAGAGGUGAUGAGCAGUCUGGAAAAUGCCAGCUAUAAAGACCAUGAAAAUGGAACUGGGACCAACAUAUAUGAGGCCCUAAAUAGUGUCUAUAUCAUGAUGAAUAAUCAAAUGGAACGCCUUGGGAUGCACACGGCGGCCUGGACGGAAAUCCGACAUGCCAUCAUCCUUUUGACAGAUGGAAAGUCCAACAUGGGUGGCUCUCCUAAGCGGGCUGUCGACAAUAUCAAAGAGAUACUGAACAUCAACCAGAAGAGGAACGACUACCUGGACAUCUAUGCCAUUGGGGUGGGCAAGGUGGAUGUGGACUGGAAAGAACUGAACGAGCUGGGGUCCAAGAAGGACGGGGAGAGGCAUGCUUUCAUUCUGCAGGACACAAAGGCUCUGCUCCAGGUCUUCGAACACAUGCUGGAUGUCUCCAAGCUCACAGACAGCAUCUGCGGGGUGGGGAACAUGUCAGCCAAUGCCUCUGACCAGGAAAGGACACCCUGGCACGUCACCAUUAAGCCCAAGAGCCAGGAGACCUGCCGGGGGGCCCUCAUCUCGGACCAGUGGGUCCUGACGGCCGCUCACUGCUUCCGCAAUGCCGAGGACCUCUCCUUGUGGAGAGUCUUUGUGGGGGAUCCCAACUCCCAGUGGGGCAAAGACUUCCAGAUUGAGAAGGCGGUGAUCUCCUCGGGGUUUGAUGUCUUUGCCAAGAAGAAGCAGGGGAUCCUAGAGUUCUACGGUGAUGACAUCGCCCUGCUGAAGCUGGCUCAGAAAGUGAAGAUGUCCACCCAUGCCAGGCCCAUCUGCCUUCCCUGCACGGAGGGGGCCAAUCUGGCUCUGCGGAGACCCCCAGGUAGCACCUGUCGGGACCACGAGAGCAAACUUCUGGACAUGCUGAGUGUUCCUGCCCAUUUUGUGGCCUUGAAUGGGAGCAAACUGAACAUUAAUCUCAAGAUGGGAAUGGAGAGGGAUGACUGUAUCAAGGUGGUCUCCCAACACACAGCCAUGUUCCCCAACCUGACGUCUGUCAGAGAGGUGGUGACAGACCAGUUCCUCUGCAGUGGGACAGGGAAGGAUGACAAUCCCUGCAAGGGAGAAUCUGGGGGAGCAGUUUUCCUUGAGCGAAAAUACAGGUUUUUUCAGGUGGGCCUGGUGAGUUGGGGUCUCUACAGCCCCUGUGUCAGCGCCAACAAAAACUUCCGCCAAAGGGCUCCCCCUGGCAGGGUCCCACCACCGCGAGACUUCCAUAUCAACCUCUUCCGCCUGCAGCCGUGGCUGAGGCAGCACCUGCAGGACGUCCUGAAGUUUUUGCCCCUCUAGUCACAGCCACCAACCCCUUACCUGUCUUGCCAGGAUCUGUCACCCCGCCCCCACCCCUACCUCUGACCUUCCACACUCAGACCUGGUCACCCAUCCUCACUCCCAGCUCUGAGCAAAACUCGUCCUCCAGGAUCCCACCAAGCAGCGCAUCCAAGCUGGGGGACCCCCGCGGCCCGUGCCGGCUCUGCCUGUCCCUGAUCCCUAUCUCCCCAGCCGCAGCUCAUGUUCAAAGCCCUCUCUGGUUUGCCUCAUCUCUCCUUUCACUUCCCCAUGGAACUUCCCAGUUAUGAAAUUAAUAAAAGUUAAUGAUUUCCACAUCCA